CCAUCCGCCUCUUCAAUCUCAACCGUCCAUUCUCGCCGCGCACAGCCAAAAUGACUCACCCGCCCUACGAGCCCUACUACCCGCCGCAGCCACAGCAACCGCCGCCGCUUCCGGACUACAGCGGCCGGAGCGUCAUUAACACGCUUUUCGUCUCCGGCCUCCCCGACGACGUCAAGGCGCGUGAAAUUCACAACCUAUUCCGCCGGCGACCUGGCUUCGACAAUUGCCAGCUCAAGUACACCGGCCGCGGCAACCAGGUCGUUGCUUUUGCUACGUUUUUCAAUCACCAAUCGGCAAUUGCAGCUCUACAUGCUUUGACUGGUGUCAAGUUUGAUCCUCAAACUGGGUCCUUGUUGCAUAUUGAACUUGCUAGAUCAAACUCGAGAAGGAAGCGUAAACCAGGCAGUGGAGCCUAUGUGGUUAUUGAUAGAAGGAGUAAAAAAGAGGAUGAUAACCGAGGAUCAUCUAGUGAUGACGGGGACAGUGAAUCUGAAGAACCAUCUGAAACUGACAAUCAUGAUUCUAGUGAAAAGAGUGAUUUAGCAAACACAAAGAGCAGUGAGGCAGUGGUGGGUUCUGAUAAUCCUGUAGCUACUGUAAUUGAACAAUCUGAAAAGCAUAUUGAUGGAAGGCAAUGUUCCACUCUCUUCAUUGCAAAUCUAGGUCCUAAUUGCACCGAAGAUGAACUGAAGCAAGUUUUGUCUCAUUUGAAUAGAUUAUGGUAAAAUUGAUGACGUGUGAUCAAAUUGCGUGCUAAAGGUGGGAUGCCAGUUGCGUUUGCUGAUUCUGAGGAAAUUGAACAAGCAAAUAAAGCCAUGGAUGAACUUCGUGGCACCAUGUUACCAUCUUCAGACGGGCGGCAUGCAUUUAGAGUACUUCAUCUCUUCUUUUGUUUUCAGAUAUCCUGUCUUCAAUGACACUACAAUCCUAUUUUUUCUCUUUCAUAUGUCUUCUGA